AUGUCAACAAGGCUUAGUAGAUCGUUUAUUUUGGGCACCAAGAUAAUCUUUUAUUCGAUCUGUUUUCACUCAUUUGACUCGGGAAAUCAGAAAAAUGUCAUCCUGAGCCAGUUAACAGCUGCAGCCGGCGGCCGUCAAAUCAUUUCUAAUCCUUUACCGCCGGCGAGAAUCGAUUCCAUAAAUGUACCCUCAAGUUUUGGUACUGCAAGUCAAUAUUGGUUUCAGGGGAUGGCUGUCAAUGGCUUCAUUGAGGGCAAGAACGUAAUUCCCAUCACCAUCACCACCACUGAUCCAGCAGCUGCAACCGCCAACGUCACGGUCAACUCACUGGAAUCACUCGACUGCUUACUUUCCGCCACAAAUAGCAAUGGCGCCGCCGAUACGUCACCGGAUCAAGACGAAUGCAUUUCCGUCAUUUUCUCAGAUUACAAAAAUCUAUGUAACAAUAACGGCGUUUCAUCUGGCGAUUCCAUCACAAAAGAUAUGGAUGAAGGCAUUAUUUCCAAAAGCUCAUCGGAAAAACUAAGGAAAAAUACAAACGGAUUUUACGACGACAACUCAUCAAGACUGAAGAGACCCAGAUCAGAUCCGGGUCUACCCACUUCCUCAAAUAUAAAUUUCCGGCAAACAAUGGAUUCCGACGAGCCAGAUUCGGAGGCGAUUGCUCAGAUGAAAGAGAUGAUGUACAGAGCGGCAGCUUUCCGGCCGGUGAGUUUCGCCGAUGAGGAGGCGGUGGAGAAGCCAAAGAGGAAAAAUGUGAGGAUAUCUAGAGAUCCACAGACGGUGGCUGCACGGCAGCGCAGGGAAAGAAUCAGUGAAAAAAUAAGGGUCUUACAGAAACUGGUCCCCGGUGGAAACAAAAUGGAUACAGCUUCUAUGCUCGAUGAAGCUGCAAAUUACUUGAAGUUCUUGAGAUCACAAGUUAAAGCAUUGGAGCAGGUGGGACAGAAGCUAGAUUACGUGAGAUGUGGUACAACUAUUACUGCAAGCAGUACAAGUCAAAUUAUGCAAAACAUUAACCCUAAUAUUACUCUAGGUGUACCAUUUCCCAUGCAAACCACUUUUUUACUACCCCAUCAUCAUCAUCAACACCUUUACCCUAACCCACCACCUGCUUAA